CUGAGUUCUCUUCCCCAACAAAGGAGCAGUCUGUUCCAAAAACGUGGACAAUUUUUGCGAAAUUUUCCGCCAAAACACUGCUCGAUUUCGCUCAAAUUUUGCAAGAUGAAAGGCCAAGAAAGUGGCUUUGCUCUACCGUCGUUUUUACCCAAACUCUCCUACGAAAAGCAAGAUACUUUGCUAAAGUUAUGUAUCCUUUCGACAGCCGCCAUAUUGUGUGAGUAGCAAACUUUGAUUUGUUUUCAAUAAACAGUUGUGAAUUAAUUGAAGCAUUUGUGAAUUAUUGAAAGCUUUAAUUGUUUGGCUAUUUUGGUAGUAUAAUCCUUCAGAAUUGUUGAUCAUUUUGAUCACUGUGAUUAUUUUUGGAUUUUAAAUGUUAUAAUUCAAUUACUUUUAGCAUUUGCAACGAGAUUGUUUUCGGUGCUGCGCUACGAAAGUGUUAUCCACGAGUUCGAUCCGUAAGUAAAAUUAAAUUCUAGGUCUGGAAAUAAGAUUUAAGCUGUCAAUGAAACUAAAAAAACCGCUUGAUUCAUACCUAUUGAUACAUUUAGUCAAUUUUGGUAGUAUGGAAAAGUCUGUAUUUAUUAUUUUGUUGUUGCUACUGUAGCAUUCCAGGGGGGAGUGGCCCUUCACAUUUGUCCAUUUUUACUAUGUAUAGUGUAUCAUUCGUAUCCACUUUUGGCCAUCCGCACCCCCCGGUGCUGUAAUGAUCUGAAAGUAUUAAAAACAUGUUGACGUUUCGAGCAGUCUCGCCCAAAAUGUUGAAGUGUUUUUAAUCUUCAAUUUUGUAUUUCACAGAUACUUCAAUUUUCGUACAACAAAGUUUCUAACACAAGAAGGUUUUUAUAAUUUCCACAACUGGUUUGACGACCGUGCCUGGUAUCCUUUGGGUCGUAUCAUUGGGGGAACAAUUUACCCAGGUAGGGACUGGAUCUCAUGUGAAAACUGAAAAUACUAAUCUUAAACUUUAUUUAUACUGGAUAGUUCUAUCAGUUCUAAACUGUUCUCCCUAGAGGUCCAGCCUCCCAAGAGGUUCACCCUCCAAAGAAGUUCACCCUUCGAAGGAGUUUACCAGACCUUUUCCUCAUCAAGGGAAGAGUGUUGGAGCUCAUUAGGUUAACAAUUUUUAAUUUGUUUAGGUCUCAUGGUGACUUCAGCAGUUUUCUAUCAUGUGAUGCAUUUCUUUCACAUCACAAUUGAUAUCCGUAACGUCUGUGUAUUCCUCGCUCCCUUGUUCUCGUCAUUCACGACCAUCGUAACUUACCACAUGACAAAGGAAUUGAAGGUAGAGAUGAUGGGUAAUGGAUUGAUUAAUUUGGAGCAAAGUAUGAGCAGUCCUUUUUCAAUGAAUUUAUUUUUACUUUUAGGAUGAAGGUGCUGGGUUGGUGGCUGCUGCCAUGAUAGCUGUUGUUCCAGGUAGGUACACUUGGUAGGACUGAUUGGCCAUUAUAAGAUUCAUUUAGGAAUUACUGUGCUUUUUGUUCAUCUAUGUUAAUUCUCACAAGGUGCCUUCUUUCUUUGAAAUUUCUAGGUUAUAUUUCACGUUCAGUAGCAGGUUCCUAUGACAACGAAGGGAUCGCUAUCUUCUGUAUGUUGUUAACAUACACUCUCUGGAUCAAAUCGGUCAAGACUGGCUCAUUGUUCUGGUCCACAUUGUGUGCACUGGCUUACUUCUACAUGGUACUAUAUGUGAUUAAAAUACGCUUUGUGCCUGACAAGCUGCCUUCCUUGGUUUCCGAAAGUGCUGGCACUCAAUUGACAAUCAGUAAUCUUGGUGCAAGUUUUGCCAUGAUAAUAGUCGAAUGUAAAAUGAUUAUAUUUCUUUAGGUUUCCUCAUGGGGUGGUUAUGUAUUCUUAAUCAAUUUAAUUCCACUACAUGUUCUUGCCCUCAUGGCGACCGGACGUUUCUCCCAUCGAGUUUAUGUUGCUUUUUGUACGGUAAGAGAGAACUAUACUCCUAUGAGUGUCGACAUUUCCUUGGCUGUACUGUAACACUUAUUGAAACCCCAAUACAUUGUGUUUUUCAGGUUUAUUGUCUUGGCACUAUUUUGUCCAUGCAAAUUUCAUUUGUCGGCUUUCAACCUGUACAGUCAAGUGAACAUAUGGCUGUGAGUAGAACGAGAAAUAAACUGUAUUUUGUAGUCUGUAAAAGCAACAUAUUAAACUAACUUUAUUUACACUGGAUAGUUCUUUCAGUUCUAAACUGUUCUCUCUAGGGGUCCAGUAAGAAUCAUCUUUUAUUUGUUUGGUGUUAGCAUGGAUAAUAAAAUAAAUGGAUAGGAAACUAGCUGACGUGACCUAAUGUUUUCAAUGGGCUGAUGGCAUGAUUGGAUGUUGAAACCUAGUUGCAAACCAAAUUCUCAAAAACGGCAUGUUUAGCAAUAAUACAGCUAAACAUUUUAGUCAAAGAGCAAAUGAAUAUAACUACGCCAUUCUACGAUGAAAUCUAUAAGUAUUCCCAGUCAAUUUUAGCAAAUAUUUCAAGCACUAAACAGUGAAAAAGGCAUCCCAAAUUUCGUUAAAAUUGGGGACGCCAAUUUCGUAGCUACAAAUGUAAAAAAAUACAAAACAAAGACGACAAACAUUUACCUUGAAUACUUUGUCGUGGCUUAGGCAUGUUUUUAAAAUAAUUAGACCGGUUUAUGCUUCAAUAUUACUCUUUUAAGGCGAAAAAUAUAGCGAAACAACAAAAAUGAAGAGAACUUUGCAAUACGCGUGACGUCACAGAUUGCAACUAGGUUGUUUUUGCUUGCGUCAGCGAGAGUCCUAUCCAUUUAUUUUAUUAUCCAUGGUGUUAGUACAGGUUCCAGAAAUCUAAACUUUAGUUUACUAACUGAAAUUUUCUUAUUUUUAUUUUCAGGCCUUCGGUGUGUUUGGCUUAUGUCAAAUCCACGCUUUCAUUGAUUAUGUUCGAGCCAAACUAACACCAGCUCAGUUUGCUGUGCUGUUCAAAAGUGCAGUUUUACUGCUCGGCGGAGGCGCUCUGCUCACUUUUGGAAUCUUGACGGCCGCUGGUAAGAUCUCUCCAUGGACUGGGCGAUUCUACUCAUUGCUUGAUCCAUCCUAUGCCAAGAACAACAUCCCAAUUAUCGCAUCUGUUUCUGAACAUCAGCCGACGACAUGGUCAUCGUUUUACUUCGAUCUACAGAUUUUAGUGUUCAUGUUUCCUGUGGGAAUGUAUUAUUGUUUCUCAGGCUUGACUGAUGCUAACAUCUUUAUUAUAAUGUAUGGUGUGACCAGUAUAUACUUUGCUGUGAGUUAUUAAUAAUUUUACUCUCUUAACUAAACUAAUUUUAUUUUUACUGGAUACAGUAAGGGUCAUCUCUUAUUGAUCCAGUGUUACUACAGGAGGAAACCUAAACUAAACUAACUUUAUUUAUACUGGAUAGCUCUAUCAGUUCUAAACUGUUCUUCCUGGAGGUCCAGUAAGAAUCAUCUCUUAUUGAUCCAGUGUUACUACAGGAGGAAACCUAAACUAAACUAACUGUAUUUAUACUGGAUAGCUCUAUCAGUUCUAAACUGUUCUUCCUGGAGGUCCAGUAAGGAUCAUCUCUUAUUGAUCUAGUGUUACUACAGGAGGAAACCUAAACUAAACUAACUUUAUUUAUACUGGAUAGCUCUAUCAGUUCUAAACUGUUCUUCCUAGAGGUCCAGUAAAGACCUUCUCUUAUUGAUGCAGUUGUGUAUCCUUCACAAUGAGCAAUAUUUGUGUUUUUUUAUCCAGGGUGUCAUGGUUCGUCUAAUGUUGGUUUUGGCGCCAGUGAUGUGUAUUCUCGCCGGAAUAGGAGUCUCGUCACUUCUCAAUAAAUAUAUGAAGGUAAUUCAUGUAUUUAUACAUAUUUGUGGGGUUCUUGUGUCAAGGCAAACAGUAUUGUGUAUAAAAUCUAUUCCGCUCUUUCUCUAGAAUUUGGACGUAGCUCGACGCGAGAAGAAAACAUCGAAGAAAACAACAACAGACUCUUCGUAUCCAAUGAAAAAUGAAACCGCAACAGGAAUUGUUUUCCUCGUCACAAUGUUCCUCUUGUCCUACACAUUCCAUUGCACCUGGGUGACUUCUGAAGCGUAUUCCAGUCCUUCCAUCGUCCUCUCUGCAAGGCAACAAGAUGGCUCCAGAGUCAUCUUUGACGAUUUCCGCGAAGCGUAUUAUUGGCUGAGUCAAAACACACCUGAGGUGAGGUUGAACUAACUAUUGAUUCAUUGUAGCUACAGCAGGAAACCUAAACUAACUUUAUUUAUACUUGCUAGCUAUAUCAGUUCUCAACUGUUCUUCCUAGAGGUCCAGUAAGAGUCAUCUCUUAUUGAUUCAGUGUUACUACAGGAGGAAACCUAAACUAAACUAACUUUAUUUAUACUGGAUAGCUCUAUCAGUUCUAAACUGUUCUUCCUAGAGGUCCAGUAAGGUUCAUCUCUUAUUGAUUCAGUGUUACUACAGGAGGAAACCUAAACUAAAUUUAUUCAUAUUUUUGCUAGUUUUAUCAGUUCUAAACUGUUCUCCACUUCUUCUUAGAGGUCCAGUAAGGCUUAUCUCUUAUUGAUCCAGUGUUACUACAGGAGGAAACCUAAACUAAACUAACUUUAGUUAUACUGCUAUCAGUUCUAAACUGUUCUUCCUAAAGUAGAUGUGACGUCCAUCCAUAAUUGUCUCAGUAUUCCUGAAGUAGUAAACUUUGGUACCCAGAGAAAUCCUUCUCUGUUGAACUGACAUGAUUGCAGUUAAAAUUACGUUACGUGAUUAUAUAAUAUUAUUCUUAGGAUGCAAAAAUCAUGUCAUGGUGGGAUUAUGGUUACCAGAUCACGGCAAUGGCGAAUCGUACAAUUCUAGUGGACAACAAUACUUGGAAUAAUACACAUAUUUCCCGAGUUGGUCAGGUAUAAGAAUAAUAAGAUGUAUUUCAAUAUGGGUUACAAUGAGCAUUAUGUGUGCAAAUGGUGGAAACUUCUGAAAAGGUUCUCUUUGUUGAUUUCUUUUUUGUUAUUGUCUAUAUUCAGGCCAUGUCAUCACCAGAGGAGAAAGCUUAUGAAAUUAUGAGAGAACUUGAUGUAGAUUACGUCCUCGUUAUCUUUGGAGGCCUCACUGGUUACGCUUCUGAUGGUUAGUGAUACUUUUUAUGAAAAAAUAGACUGACUUUAUUUAUACUGGCUAGCUCUAUCAGAUCUAAACUGUUCCUCCUAGAGAUCCAGUAAGGAUCAUCUCUUAUCGAUACGGUGUUACUACAGGAGAAAACCUAAACUAAACUAACUUUAUUUACACUGGAUAUAGCUCUAUCAGUUCUAAACUGUUCUUCCUAGAGAUCCAGUAAGGUUCAUCUCUUAUUGAUCCAGUGUUACUACAGGAAGAAACCUAAACUAAACUAACUUUAUUUAUACUGGAUAACUCUAUCAGUUCUAAACUGUUCUUCCUAGAGGUUCAGUAAGAGUCAUCUCUUAUUUAAUAUUGAUCCAGGGCGUGAUAAGACUUUGUCUUUACUCCGUUUAGACAUCAAUAAAUUCUUGUGGAUGGUUCGUAUUGGAGGCAGUACAGAUCGUGGCUCGCACAUCAAAGAAAACGACUACUACACACCAACGGGAGAGUUUAGAGUCGAUAAAGAAGGGUCGCCCGUUCUCCUCAAUUGUUUGAUGUAUAAAAUGUGUUAUUAUCGAUUUGGUUCUGUGUAUACUGAGCAAGGUUCGAUUUCACUUUAUUGACAUUCCCCCAAAGGGACUUUUCAGUGACAACAACAGUGUACAACAACAAAAGCAACAGCAUCAACAACAACCUUGACAAUAACAACAACAACAACAACAACAACAACAACAACAACAACAACAGCAGCAGCAGCAGCAGCUUUAAGAAGAUUCCUCGUGAAUUUUGUUUCCAUUUUAUAUCUUGUACCCUUUUGUUUAGGCAAACCAACUGGCUACGAUCGAGUACGAAAUACUGAGAUAGGAAAUAAGGUAGGAAAAAUAAACAUGUAUUUUAAGAACACCACUUACACUGAGAACCUACAGUUUGAAGUUUAGACUGGCGAGAAUCUACCACAAAGGAAAUGUAUUUCAAGACCACUGCCUACACUGAGAACCAACAGUUUGAAGUUUAGACUAGUGAGAAUCUACCACAAAGGAGGUGUAUUCGAGUUGAUAUUUUUUGUCUUGUAGGAAUUCGAGCUGGAAGUUUUGGAAGAGGCGUACACCACAGAGCACUGGCUGGUUCGCAUCUACAAAGUGAAGGAUUUGGAAAACCGAGGAAUUUAAUUCAACCAAUGGUUCUGUACACCACUUUCUUAAAGUGGCUAUCAUGUGAUCUCACUAGAUGCUUUCAAAUUGAAUGAACUCGCGCAAUUUUUAACAGUUUUUUGCACCAAUUUUUAACGUAAAGCUUGUGGCAAAUAUAAAAUAUGAAACCUUGUUUUGUUUGGUCUUUGUUUUUUUAUAUUCCAAAUGUGAAAGUCGUGGUGGUAUUUCUUUGAACUACCUGAAGAUUAAAAAGGCACUUUCGAGGGAAGAUUUAUAUUUCAAGCCAGUGGCGUAGCCAGGGAG